AACUACUAAUCCACCUUGCUCACCCCACUGUUUCCAAACACGGUAGCAAACGGAAUUAGUAAAGAAACCUGCUAUAGAUUUCCCACAGCACAUUAAAACAUGAGUGCAGCAUCUAUACUCUUUUGUUCGUGGCUGGCCAGAGUUUUCGUGAUCUGUGCAAGCAUAAGCUUCGUAAAUUUGCAUUGCUUCAGUGGAGAAAAAGACAGUUCUCUUCAACUAUAUGGAGCCGAUACCAAUGUGACCAAAGGCAGAUGGCGCCGGUCUCCCAGCAACCCACCACAGCCCGUCGAUUGUACGCUUUCCAGCUGGUCAUCAUGGAGCGCUUGCGAUCCUUGCCAGAGGAAAAGGUACAGAUUUGUCCAUGUGGAACGGCCUUCUCAGUUUGGCGGUGACCCGUGUGAUUACUCUGACAAAGAAACUGAAGAGUGCAUUACAAACAGACCUUGCAGGAAUACAGUUAGAUGUGAAGGCUUUGUGUGUGCCACAGGGAGAUGCAUUAAUCGGAGGCUGCUUUGCAAUGGAGAUGAUGACUGUGGGGAUCAGUCAGAUGAAAGAAAUUGUAAGAAAGUAUAUAAAAAGUGCAACCAGGAGAUGGAACAAUAUUGGGGAAUACAAAUGCUAGCAAGUGGAUUAAAUAUUUUCACAAACAACCUGGAAGGAUUGGUUUUAGACUAUAAAUACUACGCUGGAGCGUGUUCUCCCCAGUAUAUCGGAGACACCAAUUUCAGAAAACCAUACAAUGUAGAAAGCUAUUUGGCAGAGACCAAAGGCAAAUAUGAAUUUGCAUUGACUGAAUAUGAAUCUUAUUCAAGUUUUGAAGAGAAUGUCUCCAAGGCAAAAGCGAAACAACAAAGCUUCAGCAUUGGCAUAAAAAUACCAGGCAAAUUCGAAUUUAGUUACAGUAAUGAUGACAAGAGGUACCAGAAGUACAUUCAGAGGACAAAACGAUUUUCUUCAACGUCUACAAAAUUUAUCCAUGCCCGUUCCGAAUUGGAAGUUGCCCAAUAUAAACUGAAGAGUCGGAAUUUAAUGCUCCACCAUGAGUUCUUCCAGAGACUUCUUCGCUUGCCUUUAGAGUACAGCUAUGGGGAAUAUCGAGAACUCUACAGAGACUACGGAACACAUUACAUUACUGAAGCUACCCUUGGUGGAAUUUAUGAAUAUACAUUGAUCUUGAAUAAUGAGCAGCUUCAAAGAGCAGGCUACUCUUUAAGCGAUGUCCGGUCUUGUACAAAUCACGGAGUCAAAGUUGGUGCAAAUAUUUAUGGCGUUUAUCUAUCGGCUGGAAUAUCAAUUGCAGGUUGUGAUGCCAUUUUAAAAGAAAUUGGAGAUAACACAGCAGAAAAGAAAUUUGUGGAGGACUUUGUCGCCCUUGUUCGUGGAGGUGCAAGCGAACAUGUAACAACACUUGCUUACAAAGACCUGCCCACUGCAGAACUGAUGCAAGAGUGGGGAGAUGCUGUUCAGUACAACCCUGAAAUCAUCCGGAUGAAGGUGGAGCCGCUGUAUGAAUUAGCAACUGCCACCACCUUUGCAAAUGCAAACACUCUGAAACAAAACUUGAGGCGUGCCCUGGAAGAGUUCCAACAGGAAACGAGUAGCUGUCACUGCACUCAGUGCCAGGGCAAUGGAAACGCUUUCUUGAAAGGGACUCGCUGUGAGUGCAUAUGCCCCCUGGGACAUCAGGGUCUUGCCUGUGAAAACACACUAAGGACAGAUGUUGCUAUAGAUGGGAACUGGAGCUGUUGGUCUAGCUGGUCUGCAGGUUCUGGAGGACAACGGACAAGAAGGCGGGAAUGUAACAACCCAGCAGUGCAAAAUGGUGGCAAGCCAUGCAUGGGGCCAAACACUGAAACUGCUUAGUGAAAUAGUUGAGAAGUUACUUGGAAGAGCAAUAGAAGGGCCCUAAAAGUGUUUUCUAUUUUCCACUAGUAUUAAUUCCAGUUUUUUACAUUAUUAUUGUUAAUUAGGUAGACACUUUAAAUGGCUGUGGUCUAAUAUAGAAAUUCCCUUCAGGCAUGGAGACUCUGACAAAAGUAUUGAUCUAUGUUUUCCCAUUCAGUUCAAUGGAUAGAGGGAAUCACAUGGCAUGAGCAGUGUUGAUGGUCCCCUUUUGCAGGACUUUUCUUUACACUUCUGAAUGAAUACAUAUGACCUUUGGAACCAGAAUAUAAAUCAUAUGGAAAAUAUAAUUAAUAGAUACAUGUUCAGAACAUGCAGCAAAUAUAUAUUUUUAAUAUCUGCCACUGUGUUUUUUUUCAUUUUGCAUAUAUACAAAAAGUCAUCAUCUGUUACUCUGACAUCAAGAAAUUCACACCUUUUUCUUUAUUUGGCUGAACUUCAAUAAACUAUUUCCCAUGAAUGCCUAAAAAUACACUUUUUUCUAAUAGUCACUGGAGGGUGCUUCAUCCUGCUGAGAUAAAUGAAAGCUUUAAAUCUCAAUCACAGCAGCCUCGUCAAAUGUGAAACUUGAAUCCAAUGUGGUGGCAAUAGACUCAGUUUCCCAUUUAUUGCAUUGAACAUAAAUUGUUUAACCAAUUAGAUAUUGCCUUAAAGGGAGAAAAGUGAAUUGUGAAGUGCUCUCAAAUACCCCUGUGACACCCAAUAAUUUCAAAACUGUGUUAUAAUGAUAUGCUUAUUCAUUGGAUGAUUUCCCCCUGUAGAUUACCCUGUAUAAGAAAGACCUUCGCAAGCAACCUGGAACUGAAUGUAAAAAAUGAAAUGAAAUAAAUUAAAAUUCAUAAAGCUUAUGGGCAAAAACACUUGAUACACACAAAUAAAGAUUAACCAUUAUGGUGUA